GCGGCCCCGGCGGCGCUGGGGCGCGGGGCGGGGAGGGAGGGAGCGCUCCCCCGCAGAGCCGCUGCUGGCGGGCCCGGCCAUGUGCCGAGAGGGUGGCUGCUGCCGGCUGGGCUGCUCGGCACCGUGAGCUGGCGUCUUUUUAUUUUUGCGUUGAGGCUCACCGAGCCGGAGACUUCGGGAGACGCGGUCCUCACCCGAGAGAUCCGGCACAAUUCCCCCGUUUGAAGGUGGAGCGGUGCCUGCGAUGCUGUGUCUGGCUGACCGUGACUGGACAGAAACCACAAAAACUGCCUUUGUGCUACCCUGGCUUGUCCCCCCGGGCUGUUAAUGGAGAAGAGGGCGGAUGACAGCCGGGACCGUGGUCAUCACAGGUGGAAUAUUAGCAACUGUCAUUUUGCUUUGUAUCAUCGCUGUCCUCUGCUACUGUAGACUCCAGUACUACUGCUGCAAGAAGGAUGAAUCUGAGGAAGAUGAGGAGGAGCCCGACUUUGCCGUGCACUCCCACAUCCCGCCACUCCACUGCAACCGCAACAUAGUGCUGACCAACGGGCCAUCGCUCUAUGCAUCCUCGUCACCCUUCAGCAAGAAGCCGGCGCCUAACCGACCCAGCUGCCCCAGCUGCACGCCCUUCGAGCCCCCCACCUUCUUCCUGCAGGAGCCCCCUGAGGAGCUGCACAACGGGGGGGACCGGGUGAGCUACAAGACGGUGAGCCAGGAGGAUCUGGAUCUGCCGGUGAGCGUGACCAACCUGCAAGCCCUCAACCCCAACCGCCUCUCGGCCAUGCGGGAAGCCUUCUCCCGCAGCCGCAGCAUCAGCACCGAUGUGUGAGGCGCUGGCUGCUCGCCCAGCCCCGGAGCAUCACAUCGCACCUCGCCACUGCUGCCGGGGCUUGGAAUGUCAGGGAGAACUUUUGGAAAUCCAUAGGAGCGUUUUGAAAAAGGAAAAGAAGAAAAUAAUUGAAUGUAUUCCUACAUUCUGUGGGCAGAGAUGUGCUAAAUGGUGAUAUAAAGGGGCAGCAAAAAAAAAUAACCAAAAGGGGAGUGAGGGGGAGGAUGGUUGCAGCUGGGAUGCAAGGUUUUCUAGUGCUGUGUUGCAUUUUAUUUCUCUUUUAUAAACAGGAUUUUGAUAUUGUGCAUCCUUUUAUACAGAGUAAACAUCCCCUCCUCCUCAACAUUCAGCUGGAGCGCUGAUGACAAGCAAGUAAUGGGGCAUGGGGUUGGGUGCAAAGUGGCUCACACAGCACAUCAGUGGGUACCUGGUGGCCUGGUGUGGGGACACGCUGCGGCCGACGGCUCCUGGGUCCCAUAGCAAAGCAGGGCUGUGGUUGCCCACCCCUCUGCCACCCCCUCCUGCACUGCUCUGUGUGUGUGUGAUGUGCAUAGUCCUGCCCUAUUCCCACUCCUCAAGUUGGUUAUUUAUUCCUGGGUGACAGGCACGAUCCCCGCAGGGUUAGGAUGGCUGGUGGGUGCCGAGCCUGUCCCUGGCGCAGCCCCGCAGCCCCUCAAUGGAGCUGGGCUGGGCAGGUUGCAAACCCAUUGCAUUACCUGGCUGUGGAAAUUUGGAUGGAGGAAUACACCUGUACCCACCCCCUCCGAAUAAUCAGCAUCCCUGCUCCAAAUAAUGCCAUAUGUGACUUCUGAGCGAGAGCUGGGCAAGCAAGAGUGUGACUGUGUAUGUCCCCACUCCCCCUGCAUGCACAUUUUUACAUGCAUUCGUGGGUUUUGUUUGUUUUUAAAAAAGACAGGACACUUUUUCCCCACCCAGAAAUGGGUCAAAACACUUUAGAUUUAGGCAAAGCCACAUCUUUUGCAUUUUUCAUCGAGCCAUUUCCCACAGCCGGGCAGCCUGGACCCAGCCAGGGCAAAGCAGCAGGUACAGACCCUCUGCACUAAACCAGCUGCAAAGGAGCCGUUCGGUUAAUUCAGUGCUUUGGGAGAAGGAAUCACUCAUCACAGCAGCACUGAUGUGGGCACUUUCAUGCUCUGGUUUCUCCUGCCUGUCUCGAUUCUUCCCCUCCAACCUCGCAAUCCUCACUGUUUGUCUGACCAAAAAACCCUCUUUCUCCUGGACUGGGCAUUAUUCAGGUUAAAAGCAUUGCGCUGGACUUGGGGAUGGCUGGUGGGGGAUGGACUGGCUGCAAGGGACUCAGGUGUCCUCAGUGCCAUGCUCGGGCUCAGCUUUCUUUUUUAAAGAUGAAAUGGGAGGCCACUGUGUGCAGCCCAACUGGAUAUUUUACUUUUAACCACGAUGGCUUUUAAUUCCAGAGGAAAUCUUUUGAAGUACAAGUCAGUCUUUGCAAGUCUUUGACUUUUUUGGGGCGGGGGGGAGGGGGGCAGGUUCUGUUUGGGGUGGGGAGGGGGUGGCUGGGUUAGGUUUUGUACAUGUUUAAUAUUCUGGGUUUGGUCCCUGCGGUGCCGCAUCUUGGGAGCACAAUGUUUCUGCUCCGGGGGUGGGAAACAACCGCUGUGGCCACGCUCCUGUGUACAGUUCUCACUGACGUUUGUUUCCACGUAUCGAGACCUCCUCUCUGCAUUUCUCGUGGCUGUACUUCUCUUGCCAGCCUUCUUUACUUCUUCUUUAUUUUUUCCCUUUCUUUCCUUCCCAUAUAGCUUGGAACCUGGGCAAAGGGUUGGCUUUUGCCAGCCUUCACCUGGUGAUCUGUUGUACAGGACUUUGGGGGAAUCACGGGGUGGGGGGAAGAAAAAAAAUGUUUAAAAAAGAAAUAAACUACUUUGCCAUG